UCUGGUUCGCAUCGCCUCUACUCUCCUAUCCCGACUGACGUUGGACAACAAAGAUGGCCGCAGGAACAAGCAAUUAUUGGGAAGAUCUCAGGAAACAGGCUCGACAGCUGGAAAAUGAACUUGACCUGAAACUAGUUUCCUUCAGUAAACUGUGUACAAGUUACAGUCACAGCAGUGCCCGAGAUGGAAGACGCGACAGGUAUAGCUCUGACACAACACCCCUUUUAAAUGGGUCAAGCCAAGACAGAAUGUUUGAAACAAUGGCAAUUGAGAUUGAACAGCUUUUGGCAAGGCUUACAGGAGUAAAUGAUAAAAUGGCAGAAUAUACCAACAGUGCAGGUGUCCCGUCUUUGAAUGCAGCACUGAUGCAUACGUUACAACGACAUAGAGAUAUAUUGCAGGAUUAUACACAUGAAUUCCAUAAAACCAAAGCAAACUUCGUGGCAAUACGGGAAAGGGAGAAUCUCAUGGGAUCAGUACGAAAGGAUAUUGAGUCAUAUAAAAGUGGAUCUGGGGUAAACAACAGAAGAACUGAACUGUUUUUGAAAGAACAUGACCACCUUCGAAACUCAGAUCGUCUAAUAGAAGAGACAAUAAGCAUUGCUAUGGCAACAAAAGAAAAUAUGACUUCACAGAGAGGAAUGUUGAAGUCCAUUCAGAGCAAAAUGAAUACUUUGGCCAAUCGUUUUCCUGCUGUGAACAGCCUGAUCCAGCGAAUCAAUCUGAGGAAACGCCGAGACUCCCUCAUCCUGGGCGGUGUAAUUGGUGUCUGUACCAUCCUCCUGCUGCUGUAUGCUUUCCACUGAUGGGACAUCUCCAGGGACUCAUGACAGCCACCACUUUCACACCCCGAUCCGAUCCGGAACAAGGAAAAGUAGGAAGGAGAAGUUGAUUGUCCUGGUGAUUAGCCUGGCCAACAGGAUUAAUUCAAGACUGAUGGUGAUGGACUCUGUGACACAGUCAGGUUGAGCUGAAGCCACAGAACUUCUGUGCUAUCUUUUCUAACACACAUUUCCUUCUGAUUUUAGUUUUAAAAAAAAGUUUUCAGUUGCUUUUGUCUUCCCAGGAGGUAAGUAAACCAAUCAGAAACAGAGUCUCUGUGCUUCGGUAAUAGUGUCGGAGGCUGAUAACAAGCCACCCGUAGCUGGACUCCGGAAAACCAGGUUUCUCUGUAUCCAAAGACUGCUUUUCCUUCCGCCACCAGAUUGGAUUGUGAAUACAAAUAGUUCUUGUCCUUUUAUUUUACACUCAUGAUGAGAAAUCACAAGUCAUUUCUUGAUAAGCUGUGCUAUAAAUUUCUACUCUGUGUCCCUGUUUUGGUAUUCAAGAAAAAUUACAUUUUUCACAUUUUCUUUGAGAUGCUAACAGGUCAACUUCAACACAGUUGAGGUUGUCCGAAACAGAAGACAAACACUGCAGAAAAGCUUUUUUCUUCCUCUUUUUUUAAAUUGUAUGCACACUGGGAUUAACUGUAUUGCUGGAAAAGCAUCAAGAAUAACAGGCUUUCUUGUCCAUCAUUGUUUGGUAUUUUGUUUAUUUCUUCCAUUGGAUUAAUAUUUGCUACUACAAGAAAAUGAAAUCUCAGUUCUACCAUGGUAAAAGGAACGAAGAGCCAAUGUCUGUCAGUGCCCCCAAUUAUUCUUCAUUAUUCAAUUAUUCAAUUAUUCUUCAGGAUUAGCCCUGAGUGAGGGGACUGCUCAAUUUCAGUGAGAUCUGUUCAACAAGCCACAUGUAAAAAGACAUUGAUUGAGGGGUCAUCAGCCAGAUAAUUCCAUUUGUAAAUGCCCCAUGAUUUAUGAGCAGAAGUUCAAGAACUCCUGCCUGAUGUACCAGGAAUUCUGUGUUUUAUGAAAACCUAUUCAUUCCAAAUCUGUUAAGCCUUUCCAAACAUCCAGAGAAUGGUUUUACUGUUGAAGGUGCGUGUGGCAGAAUCCAUCUGUAUCUGCACCUGUCUUCUCUACUGCCAUCCCUGGACAGUGACAGAAUUUAAACCACCCACCAGAAUUCUUUUCAGGUUUAAUCAUUUUCUGUUUCUAUAAACUUACGACUUACCCACCUGAACUACUACAGGUAGUUUGAAGACGUCAGCGUCUACACUCCUCACCAAGAAAGAAGUUUGCUCUUCACCAUUGGAAUGGACUCUGGUAUUUAUAGUAUUAGCUUCAGACUGUGCCACAGGGAAUAAAAGGAUGUGAGCUGGAGUUCUUAACUGCAUCACGGUGGGUGAUGGCAUUCCGGUGAACUUGGCACACAGGGUGAUGGCUAUCCUAACCCCUGAUCUGGUACAGAAACUGAGAGCUUUUUCAUUCUGUUGGCAAAGUUUUAUUAUGUUCUGGAUAUGAAAGGUAUUGGAUACAUUUUUUUAAACUAUGAGGUUUAUUUUUCUAAAUAUGGGUUGAUUGAUCAGAUGACUUGAUUGGGGGUGCCCUUAAAACAAAGUCUAAGUUUUCCCAAUGUGAAUCUUAAAGGAUCGGAGAAGUUCAUUUAUUAAAUUCUCUGUUGGGAGAACAAGAAUGGUCUCCCCUGACACUUUAUUAUCUUUGAUUUUUCAAAGGGCCUUGAUUGGUGGUUGUGCCUCAGCUAGAAUUUAUGGGACUUUCAUUGCUAUGUGGUUGGCAUUUAUAAAAUCUGAAGUAUCAUAAAUAAAGUUAUUUAUUUAAUUUUACUACCAGCCUUUUUUACUGGUCUGAUUAUUUGGUAUAUUUGUUAAAGCUGAUUGUGUGAAAGUAAAACUAGGAGCUGAGCUGCUUACUGCACUGAGCAAACAAAUACUUUUGAUGGCUGAUGAGCCUUUCCUUUAGGGUUAUGCUUAAAUGAAGUAAUAGAAUUAUGUUGGUUAUUUUCUUUAUGAAAAUAAACUAGUUCUUCCAAGGAAGUUGAAAAAGUUUGGUGUAGAUGUUGGUGUCCAGUAGGUCCGACUAACCUCCCAGUGCUGUAGCCCAUAGUGAGGUGGCCCAGGGCCGAAUGUAGAGAGCCAGGACAGGGCUUGUUCUUUUCUCUUGGGGUUCCCCCAUUUGCAGAAGGAAGCCCUGGAGUAAGGAAAUACGAAUGUGUCAUUUACAAGAAGAGGAUUUGGAUUCCCUGGUAGCUGACUUGAACUCUUUCGGUUUGGUGCCAUUUAACUUUUUUUUUAAACCACCUUUUCUUCUGUCCUUACAGCCCUGUUGCCAGGCUCAGGGGCCAACAGGAAGUCGCUUGUCAGAGCUGGGAGGUCAGGAAGGAAGGAAGUUUCAUUUUAAGGGAAGUUAUUCUCUCUUGGCCAUUGUCAUAUAAUGGACCUUUCAUUUGGAAUGAUUUUAGUAAUAAUUCAAAACUUUCCAUUUCACCAAGAAGUGUGAAAAACCGCACCA